AUGGCCGAAAUCAAAGUCAGCGACGCUUCGCCCUUGAAGGAAGUGCAAAUCGAGUCCCUCGUGGUGAUGCGAAUCAUCGCCCACGCUGGCAAAUCAUUUCCAACGCCAGCAACCGGUUUCCUCGUAGGACUGGACGUCAACUCACAACUUCAAAUCACCAACUCUUUCCCAUUGCCGGCGGCAGUGCCAGAAGCUUCGACUUCCACGGAUCCCUACCACCAACAGGACGCUGCGGCUCUUGCCGCAGCAGCACCAAGAGCAAAGAGCAAUGUUGCGUACCAGGGCGAGAUUAUCAAGAUGGCGCGAGAGGUCAACGUCGAUGCACAGAGUGUCGGAUGGUACAUCAGCACGAGCAUGGGUAGUUUCAUAAACCAGAACUUUGUGGAGAAUCAGCACUUCUUCCAGCGCGCGACGGACGAGAAGACUGUCGCACUGGUGUUCGAUGUGUCGCGGAGCAGCCAGGGUAGCUUGAGUCUGAAGGCAUACCGGUUAUCGCCGAGCUUUAUGGCCGCGUUCAAGGAGGGCAAGUUCACAACUGAGAGGUAAGAGGAUCCCGGCACGCUUCGCGUAUGCAUGUGGCACACAUACUGACGCAUAGCAGCAUCCAGAAGUCCAACCUGCGAUACCAGGAUAUCCUCGUAGAGCUACCGGUUGCCAUUCACAACUCACAUCUCCUGACCUCUUUCCUCCACCAACUUCCCCAAGCGCCGCCCCAGAAGACCGCUCUGGAUUUCCCAUCGUCACUGGCGGAUCUCUCGCACGACCCCAACAUCUCUUCGAACCCACUGGCGCCAAAUCUCGACAGCCUUGAUUUGUCGAUCGAUCCCUUCUUGGAGAAGACCUGCGAUCAGCUCCUCGAGAGCAUUGAGAACCACCAGACCGAGCUGAACAAUGCCCAGUACUACCAGCGCUCCCUUGCCCGUGAACAGGCCAAGAUCCAGCAGUGGCAACAGAAGCGCAAGCAGGAGAACGCACUCCGCACACAGCAGAAGCAGCCACUCCUCCCCGAGGAUGAGUGGCAGAAGCUUUUCAAGCUGCCCCAGGAGCCUUCUCGACUGGAGUCUCUCCUUGUUGGACGGCAGGUCGAGCAAUACGCUAGACAAGUCGAUGGCUUCUCAGCGACGGUCAGCGGUAAGAUGUUCGGUGUGAAAGGCAAUCUCCUCCCCGGCGAGAUGGCAUGA